UAGUAAACUAUCGGUGGGAUAUCCAUACGGACGUAACAAUGGAACCUUCCAUAUGAAGAUCGAUCGAUUUAAAUAAAAAAAAAAGUUGCGAAAUGAUAUAGAACAAAAUGUUACGUUCAAGAUCUCAAAGCAGCAUUUGGGAACAAGAAGCAAAGUUCGUACAAGAUCGAAUAUCCAACGUAGAGAAACAUUUUGCAGAAUUAUGCACCACAUUUGCGGCAUAUACGAGAAAAGCUGCUAGAUUACGCGAUAAAGGAGAUGAAAUAGCAAAAAUUAUCCAAACUUACGCUCAAUCGGAAACGAUAAAUCAAUCAUUAUCUAACGGAUUGGCAAACUUUUCUGCAACUUUGUCAGUAAUUGGGGAUUAUAGGGACGCUAAAGUGCAGAGAUUUGAUGCCAAAAUAAUUUCUCCACUUUCUCAAUACGCGACAAUCUGCAAACACGCUCGUGAUGACGUAAAAAAUACAUUUACAACACGCGAUAAAGAAUUGACAAGAAAAAGACAUCUAGAUAGGCUUAGGGAACGAAAUCCUAGAAACAGACAGAUGAUUUCUCAAGCCGAAUCUGAGCUCAUGAAAGCUUCUGUGGAAGUUUCAAGAGUUGUUAAAGGUUUAGAAGAACAAAUCGAUGCAUUCGAAAAGCGGAAAUUGCAUGAUCUGAAAACUGUACUUUUAGAUUUUAUUAUUAUUGAACUAAGUUUUCAUGCAAAAACUCUCGAAUUACUGACAAAAGGUUACCAGGAUAUUGCAGAAAUCGAUGAAAUUAAAGAUUUAGAGGACUUUCAAAUAAUAAGAGGAAACAUGAAUGGGGAAUUUCGUGAAGUAAUGCAUAUACCCGAUUCUAUUGCGAGAUUGCCUACCGUUGGACGAACUUCAUUUCGGCAGUCUUAUUCACUUACCAAUUUGGCAAGUCGUUUUAUGUCUUCGCCCGCAAAUUCUCAGAAAUUAGCUAAUCAUACAAUCGAAUCUACCUCGAUUGAUUCUGCAAAGUCGAGCUUAAAGACAAACUCUUCAGAAUCUGUACAGAUCGAGGAAUUUAGAGAUAGUUCAGAAGAAACAGAGUCUGAAUCUACUAAAGAGAAACCUGUGAGAACCAGGCAUAAAUCUAUGUAAUUCUAAAUAAUCUAUUAUCUCCAAAAUAUUUUGUUCAAUUCUAGAUUGAAUUGCAAGCUAAUUCUGGAUAUAAGGAUUCAACAAGACUUAUUGUCAAAGCAGUACCACCGAUUCCUAUAUAUCAAAAAUUUCUAACAAUGCCUAUGAUGAUCAAGCAUGGGUGAUCUAAUGGUAUUCAUCUAGCACUGAAAUGUAUUGUAUAUUUUUACUUACAAACAGAAAGGAAAUAAAAUAUGCAUUAUACCACUA